UCCUGUAGUACAUCGUCUCUCACGUGAGUGAGCAGUAGUGGGUCACGGCAGCUGUGUGAUACUAUAAAGGAGCGAGGAGCUGCAAGCCACAGCACUACAUUCUGUGGAAGGUGAGGGCGAGGACAGGAGUUGAACAAGCGUCCGUGCUUGAUGGCUCGUGCUGGUGUUCCCGUUCCUCCCGUUCCCGAUCCCGCCCAGUGCCAUCAUCCAAGUCUGGCUGCGCUUGCCGAGAGGGCUCGGCUUAUCCGCGGGACCGGUCCUGUGGAUGGAGCUGCUGUGGACUGGGUCUGCAACAACACCGCCGAGCAUAACGGUGGGGGCAAUGUGACGAAUCGCCCGAUCGACAACUUCCUACUGAAGUUGCCUGCUUUGUACUGCUCGGGAUGCAGAAAGCUGAACCCAGUAGGCUAUCGGUGGAAAAUUACGCAGUGCACCCUGGGAAGAAUCGGGCUUGAUUUCCUGAUUCGCAAUCAAGGCCCGCACAAUACGUGCGUGGCCCAUGCAAUUCUUUCCGGCAUGGAUCUCAUGUACAAGAUCCACACAGCAUAUCAGUCGCGAGCUUUUGUUGGCCGUCCCUUGAGUAUGCAAGAUUUCUUCAUGAAGUUUUCACACUUCUUCAAGGUAUCCUUUGGGUACGAGAGAAACCCUGCCUUGGAGAUUGACAGAGCGCUUUGUGUCAUCUAUAUAGCACAACAAUAUGGUGUGAGGCUGAGUGCCCCGUCCCUUACCACCUGGUUCGAGUGGCAACAGGAAUCAAAUGACAAAGUGAUGAUGGGCUCUUUCUUUCAUGUACCUUCAAACGACACGGAGCUCAUCAUCAGGUUAAUAGCCGGUGGAUACCCUCUCAUCUGUGGCGUGCCUAGUGGGAGGACGUUCAAAUUCACGAGUGCAGACGAGAUCUACGAUGGGGGCAGAGUUCCCACUAAUCAUUGUGUCCUCUUGAUAGGAUCGGGGGUGUUUAACUACCCUGGCAAUCCAGACGCGAUCCCUAGGCACACAUUGGGCACAUGGCCUUUGAACCGUGAUGGUAGACGGGGACCUCGUGUUUGCCUAGGAGCAAGGGGUUCAUGGGGGAGCCAAGUUCAUGGAAGUUCCUCUCAGGAAGGUGGAGGCGGAGAUUUCUAUAUCUGGGCUGACCAGAUCGAUAGAGUGAUGGGGUUCCACAUUGAAGGCAUGUACUAGACCUUGUUCAAUCUAUUGGGUUUGUAUCCAUGCAUCGAACUUGUAUUACCAUUUGUAUUGAACAUGUAUUCUAUCAUUGUAUCCAUUUAAGUCUAGCAAAUCAAUGUCCUUAACUGCUGA